AUGAUGGGAAAGUCAUCAUCAGGGGUGAUGGAAGUGGAAAAAUCAUCAUGGGUGGUGGAAGUGGAUGAUGAGGUCCAUAAACUGACAGAAAUCCUAGAAGCUGAGGAGAAAGAUUGGGAAAAGCCUUGCAUCUACAAACUUCCGCCCAGCGUGACUGAGCUCAACAAGAACAAUGCUUACAAGCCUCGGGUGAUUUCUUUCGGGCCUUACCAUCAUGAUGACCCCAAAUUGCAGCGUCUGGAGCCCCACAAACAUAGAGCCCUCCUUCGUUUUCUCAAAAGCACAGGAAAAUCUGCUCGACAUUGUGUUGAGAUGGUGCGCGCAGUAGCAGAGGAUCUGAUGGAUGCGUACGAUAGUCUGGAUACAAAAUGGAGACAAGACCCGGAAGGAUUUGUGAAGAUGAUGAUAAGGGAUGGGUGUUUCAUGCUGGAAGUACUACUAUUGGAAUCGUCAUUGCCAUCAUCAUCAUCAGCAACGCAACCACCAGCACCACCACCACCGGCUAAGGGCGAUGUUAGUAGUUACGCGAGGAAUGACCCAAUCUUUAGCGAGCAUGGGAAGCUAUUUGUGAUGCCUUACAUCAAGCGGGACAUGCUGAUGCUGGAGAAUCAGUUGCCCAUGCUCAUUCUCACUAGGUUGCUUUCUAUCAAACGUCCACAACUGGUCCAGGUGGAUGACAUGGUGAACCGUCUGAUAGUCGGAUUCUGCGGCCCAGCCAACGACCACCACCACCAUGAUGGUAGUCAGCUGGGAAAAAGAAAGCAUGUGUUGGAUGUAUACCGACAAGCAUUAUUGUCGGUUGAAGGGGAUAGGGAUACUAGAGUGGUACCAACAACAAGCGUCGGGUUCUGCCCAAAAGGAAAGAGGCGGUGGCCGUGGUCCAAAGAUAGUAAUAAACUCGACCACAACAUCUUGCCAUCAGCAACUGAGCUUCACGAAACUGGAAUCUCAAUACAACAGAGCCACUCAAGAGGCAUCAUCACGGAUAUAGAUUUCAGGUGCGGAGUUCUGUAUCUGCCGCAGAUAGUGGUGGACGACCUCACCGAGUUCGUGUUCCUAAACCUAAUCGCGUUCGAGAGGUUUCACGUCGGGUUAAAGAACGAGGUGACAUCCUAUGUUGCGCUCAUGGAUGACCUGAUCGACAAUGCCAGUGAUGUGAAGCUGCUGAGGUCUCGUAACAUUGAGGUGGUGGAGAGUGCGUACGGAAGCGACAAGGCGGUGGCGAAACUGUUCAACUCGCUGGGCAAAGACAUCUCGAUUGACAACAACAGCAGCCUCAUGGAUGUCCGAAGGCGAGCCAUCCGGUACUCGGAGCGGCCCUGGAAUAAAUGGCGCGGCAACCUCUUCCAAUACUACUUCACCAGUCCCUGGUCCAUCAUCUCUUUGGUUGCUGCCUCUCUUCUCUUCGGACUCACCAUCAUCCAGACUCUCUUCACCAUCAAACAAUACUACCAGCCCCAAUCUCCUCCUCCUCUCCCCUCACCAUAA